AUGGACCUGCUCCUGUUCCCGUCCGCCACCGCCGAGGACCGGCGGAUCGGCAAGCGGCAGGGCUUCCGGACCUACGCCCCCAAGGUGUUCAGGUGCAUCGGCCUGCACGCCGUACUCUCGCUGUCAGGGUUUGCGGCCGCCGCUUUCUCCUAUCAGUGUCACGCUGUGCACGUCGUUUGGAUAUGCUGUGUCAUGAUCGGCUGCAUCGACGCCGGUUUCCGCUUCUACUACGAGUGCGCGGGCGUGGGCUACAAGCAGCCGGGCCUGCACUUUGGCUUCGUGCGAAUGGCCGUCGCUUGGGCGCUGGUUUUGCCGACCUACCUCCUGGCAUGCUGA